AUGUCGAAGAAGUCCGCCGCCGAAGCACUGGAUGAGCACGAGAAAAACAUCGAGCAAUGGAGGAUCAAGAAGCUCAUCGCAUCGCUGGAGGCGGCGCGUGGUAACGGUACGAGCAUGAUUUCGCUCAUCCUGCCGCCCAAGGAUCAGAUCUCGCGCGCCACCAAGAUGUUGGGCGACGAGUACGGCACGGCGUCGAACAUCAAGAGCCGAGUCAAUCGGCUGUCGGUGCUGGGAGCCAUCACCUCGACCCAGCAGAGGCUGAAGCUAUUCUCCAAGGUGCCGGACAACGGGCUGGUGAUCUACUGCGGCACCAUCAUCACCGACGAGGGCAAGGAGAAGAAGGUCAACAUCGAUCUCAUUCCGUUCAAGCCCAUCAACACGAGUCUGUACUUGUGUGACAACAAGUUCCACACGGAGCCCCUGCGCGAGCUGCUCGAGUCAGAUGCCAAGUUCGGCUUCAUCGUGAUGGACGGCAGCGGGUCGCUGUUCGCCACGCUGAGCGGCAACACGCGCGAUGUGAUCCACCGGCUCACGGUCGAUCUGCCCAAGAAGCACGGCCGCGGUGGUCAGUCGGCCCUGCGAUUCGCGCGUCUGCGUCUGGAGAAGCGACACAACUAUCUGCGCAAGGUGGCCGAGCUCGCGACGCAGUUCUUCAUCACCAACGACCGCCCCAACAUCGCCGGUCUCGUGCUGGCCGGUCUGGCCGAUUUCAAGAACGAUCUGGCCGCCUCGGACCUGUUCGACCCGCGGCUCAAGGAGAUCCUGCUCCAGAUCAUCGACGUCUCCUACGGCGGCGACAACGGUUUCAACCAGGCCAUCGAGCUCGCCGCCGAGGGCCUGCAGAACGUCAAGUUCGUGCAGGAGAAGAAGCUGCUCACCAAGUUCAUGGAGCAGCUGGCCCGCGACACCGGCAAGUACUGCAUCGGCGUCAAGGAGACCCUCCAGGCCCUCGAGCUGGGCGCCGUCGAGACCCUCAUCGUCUACGAGAGCCUCGAUCACGUGCGCUACCGCCUCAAGAACCCGCGCGACGGCACCGAGAAGACCAUCUACCUCAACAAGGAACAGACCAGCGUCGCCUCCAACUUCAAGGACACCGACGGCGGCGACCUCGAGGUCCUCUCGCAGGAGCCCCUCAUCGAGUGGUUCGCCGACCACUACAAGGAGUUUGGCUGCACGCUCGAGUUUAUCACCAACAAGUCCCAGGAGGGCUCCCAGUUCGUCAAGGGCUUUGGCGGCGUGGGCGGCAUCCUCCGCUACAAGGUGGACUUUGACAUCAUCGAAGCCGCCGAGGAGGCCGACGCCGAAGACGAAGACGACUUCUACCUCUAG